AACCUGUCAGGGGGAAAGAUAAACAGUUGGUACCCGGUCCCGGCGAUGGCACGUUUCCGGAUUUUAAGUGUGGCUAUUUGUGUCUUUUUGUUGCCUUUUGUGGCGAUUGAGGCAAACAAUGAAGGUAGGUCCAAAGUUCCACAACCACCAUCUACAUAUUUUUCUUCAGACACUUCAGACUUUGAAUUGGUGGUCCGGGGCUUGAAGGAAUACAUUCCUAGCCAAAACCCACCGGACUAUUUUAACACGGCUAUGGAGAACUACCAGCUGACACACUUGUUUCGGGAAGGGAUGGAAGACAUCUACGACAACCCCCAGAUUUGCUACAUUUGUAAUCUAGCUGUCGAUUUAGUUAUACUUGAACGCAGGGAAGGUAUGACCCGGGACACCCUUGCCGAAGAAGCCGAAUACUUGUGUAUUCAUUUGGGUAUAGAAAGUCGCAGGGUUUGUUUAGGGGUGAUCGAGCUCAAUAUUGACGCUUUCAUCUACAUUUUGGACAACUACCCUGAUCUUACGUCAAACCGCAUCUGUGGGUCGGUUUUGCAGACGUUGGGUUGCCCCAAAGGUGACGCUUAUGAGUGGUCUAUUAACCUUCCAAGUGGGAACUCACCGGAUAGGCCCAAACCCAACGACACAACUGACAGUUUUAAAAUUCUUCAAUUGUCGGAUAUACACUACGAUCCUAACUACACCCCCAGUGGUAACGCGGAGUGUGGCGAACCCAUUUGUUGUCAAGAGGAUCAAGGAGAAGCGCCGUCUGAAGAAGCCGCUUGUGGGUACUGGACCGACUACCGAGACGCAGACGUGCCGUGGCAUCUAGUAGAAGAAACCAUCCGACAAGUCAAUACUCAAGAAUUCGACUACGUUUACUACACUGGCGAUAUUAUUAACCACCGAGUUUGGGAAACUAGUGUUACCAACAACACAAACACGAUCAGUCAACUCUAUUCAUACUUUAAAGAUAGUUUCGCGGUACCGGUUUAUCCGAUUUUUGGCAACCAUGAACCUCACCCUCUCAACACUUGGCCUACUGAAAGCGUGACCGACGAACAAUUCUCAAUCCAGUGGCUUUUCGAACUCGCCGCUGACGCUUGGUCGGAUCUCGUCGGUGAAGACAUUAGAGAGACAGUCCUCAAAGGAGGCUACUACACCGUGAGUCCUAAGCCCGGUUUUCGCAUCAUCGCGAUCAACAGCAACCUUUGCUACUCCUUCAACUGGUGGUUGAUCUUCGAGGAUAAAGAUCCGUACGGACAACUCCAGUGGCUAGCCGAUACUUUAAAACAAGCUGAAGAUAAUAACGAAAGCGUCCACAUACUGUCUCACAUUCCUACGGGAACAUCCGACAGUCUCUCGGUUUGGGGACGGGAGUAUUCCCGGAUUAUCGAUAGAUUCGCAAACACCAUCACGGGUCAGUUCAAUGGCCACACCCAUAAAGACGAGUUCUCGGUUUACUACAACCGAUCGGAACCGAGUCAAGCUGUAGGGGUGGUUUUCAACGGCGCGUCCCUCACACCCUUCAGUCUUUCCAACCCCAGCUACAAGCUCUACGACGUGGAUGCAACCACUUUUGCGCUUAAAGAUUACGAAGAAUGGACUUUCAAUUUAACUCUCGCCAAUUCACAACCGUCCAGUCAGUCACCCGAGUGGUACAAGUUGUACAGUUUCGUGGAGGCUUACGGCGUUGAGAGUUUAGAUGCGGUUGAAGUGGACAAAGUUCUGCUGAAGAUGGCGGAGGACCAUUCGCUUCUCGACGACUACUUUAAGUUCAAGUUCCGGAAUGGUGACGCUGGACUUGCUGCUGGGUGCGACGACGACUGUCAAAAAGCGAAUUUGUGUCAGAUGGCCACCACGGUUUUUGGCGAGGACGCACGCUGUAACCUGCUUUUGGAUCUGUAUGAUCAAAAAUAAAAAUGUUAUUAAUUGUGGAAAAUAAAACGAUGAAUACGAAAAA